GUGAUUAAAAGAACGUUUGAGAUGAAAAGUCUAGUUUUUUGCUUGUUGCUAGUAAUAGGAGUGCAAGGAAUUGAGUUAAUUUGCAAUUACAUUACUGUGGAUUGGAAAGAUGGCGCCUACAUUUGUGAUGCUGUAAAUUUUACAGCGACUAAAAGAUAUCUUGAAGUUGACUCACUUCAUGGUGAACAUAUUGAAAAUAAAACUAACUUUGAUGUGACUGCAAUCAGAAUUGAUAGCCAAACUGCUGAAUAUAUGCCUUGGGGAUUUGAUAAAUUCUUUCCAAACAUGACGGAUUAUGCAAUUAUUGAAUCAAAACUAGAAAAAAUUCAGCGAUCUGACCUUGAAAAUCUUACAUUUCUCAAGGUUCUGUCUUUGAAUGAUAACGAAAUUAAUCAACUUCUCGCUGACACUUUUGAUGACAUGACGAACUUGGAGUAUUUGUCGUUAUCAAAAAACAAAAUUAAAGAAUUGCCAGACAAUGUUUUUCGUGCAUUAACUAACUUGCAAGGACUUUACAUUGAUUCAAAUGAACUUUCUGAAAUUUCUUUCAAAGUUCUGGAAAAUAAUACAAUGUUGAAAGAGUUGGCAUUAAACAACAAUCAACUUGAAUACAUAAACAGUGAAAUAUUUGGACAUUUAGUCAAUCUGGAAUAUGUCAAUUUGAGCAGCAAUAAAUGCAUCGGAAUUUUCAUCACUUCGAUCAAACAUUUUGGAAGUGCAAGAAUCAAAGAAAUUCUCAAAUUAAAUUGCAAUAACGUGGAGAAGAAAUUUGAACAAUGUAAAGAAGAUUAUGAGAAAUUAAGAUUUCAUUACAAUUUGUUGCUAUUGGAAGAGAAGAAUAGAAAAUAUAAAUCAGACGCUGGUUAA